GCGGGACCGUGGUCUCCCGGGGUGCCGUGUGAUAUUAUGGGAUGUUAGAGCAGGAGGAAUGGCGCUGGGCGCGUUAUUUUGAACAAACACGGUCGGUCUCCCGGUGACGAGGGCUGUGUGUGUGGUAACCGGGAGCAGUAGCGCCGCCUCAGGCCCCAGGCACCAAGCAGCGGGCAGGAUCCUCCAUGCCGCCCGCUUUCAGCUCCGAGCGGCCCGGGCAGCAUAGCCGCCUGUCUCAUUGAAUGUUGAUGAAUUCGGGGAAAUCCAGGAUUUUUCCCUCCCUUGGCCAGAGGUCAGUUUUAGCACCUUAGUGCUACUCAUAAUGAGAUGAGGUAACUCAGCUUGGAUCAAGGAUCAAACCUGGGACUCCUUUGGGCAAUGGAUUAAGAAAAAUCAGACUGGACUAUUCUAAGCAUCUCCUGGACUGACUCUCAUCUUCUGGACUCCAUAAACUUGGACUUAUCCAAAACUCGAGUGAGCUUAUCCUAAUUUUAUUGAUGUUUCCAGCCCAAUGAGGAAGGAGGCAUUGCUGGAUCUGGCUCUUGGGAAUGAGUUACCCAGUCCUUACAAAGUAUCUGCGUUGUUAACAUGGAGGUGGUGUCGGCUGAGGUGAACAGCCUGCUUCCUGAGGAGAUAAUGGACACAACCAUCAUUGAAGAUGACAGUAUUGAGGCUGUCACAAUAACAUCAGAGCAUGGGGAUCCAGUUCCCAUGGAAACUGAGCUCGAGGAAAUUAUAGAUCCAAAUGAAGGCAAGAACUCUGAGAUUCUGUCGAGCAUUGCAGACCAUGUCACUGUGUUGACAAAUAAUGCUACCCCACUUGUUUUAGGUGACCCAAGUAUAAAAAUGGAAAUUAAUCCUGAUGAUAGUACAUCAAAGACUACUGGUAAAAUCAGCCUCCCAACCACAACUGUUGGAACACCAAUAUCUUUAGCAGCAAGUCAGAUUGUCCUUAACCCAGUAUCAGAACCCUCUGAUUACAACAUCUCCAGCCAAACUAUCAAGUCAGAGCCAGUCGGACAGCAGCUGGUUGUAACUACUCUCGGAAAGUCUCGACAGUCCAUUGUACUUUCAUUACCGCCGAGUCAAGCAGCCCACCUUCAAGUCUCAUCUCAAUUACAAGCUAUGGACCCGCAGGUGCAGAAACAAAUAAAGGUGGUUACUCUUGGUGGAAGAGUUGAGGGAAAAGCGGUAACUGGAGUAUCAAAUGUGUUGAGUUCCGGGAAUCCAUCUCUAAAUGCAUCAGCUCAACCUACACAAAACCAGAUUGCCAAGAAAUGCACAAGCACAUCUGCUGCAGGACCAAUGAUCACAAAAUUCAUCAUUGCCAAACCCGUCCACAACAAGAACCUUAUAACAGGUAGAGUCCUUCCUCAGAAUGCACUUGGAGCUGCCCCAAACACUAUCACCAUUUCUGAAGGUGGUGCUAUUGGGUCCAAUCUCAACUCUGCAGCACAACAGACAGCCAACAAGAUUGCUAUCUCUCCACUGAAAUCUCCAAAUAAGACGGUGAAACCAGCUGCCCAAACACUAACUGUGGGAACAAUGAAUGCCACCCAGUUCAAAACCAUCAUUCCUCUGGCAACACCACCCAACGUUCAGCAGAUACAAGUACCAGGCAGCAAGUUUCAUUAUGUGCGCCUAGUUACUGCAACGACAGCCAGUGGCUCCCCUCAGACGGUCAACUCCAGCUCCAGCACCAACACUCAACCCUUAUCACAAGCUAAGACAGUUGUACUGAAUCCACAAGUUCGUAUGUCUGUCCCAAUUGCACCAGCACAGGGCAUAAAAAAUGUGGUUCCUAAACCCAUCGGCAGCACUACACAAAUAGUUACCACCAGCCAGCCCCAACAGAGACUCAUUAUGCCUGCAACUGCACUGCCACAGAUCCAGCCUAAUUUAACAAAUCUCCCACCAGGCACUGUUCUGGCACCAGCGCCUGGAACUGGCAGCAUGGGCUAUGCAGUUGUCCCAGCUCAAUACGUUACACAGUUACAACAGACGUCAUAUGUUUCAAUAUCCAGUAACAAUGGGUUUUCUGGAACAUCCAAUGUUCAGACUCAAGCAAAACUACCAAUCAAUGGGUCAUCAGCAUCAGAAUCAGGAUCGCGGCCUAGGAAACCUUGUAAUUGUACAAAGUCUCAGUGCCUCAAGCUAUACUGUGAUUGUUUUGCAAAUGGAGAAUUUUGCAAUAACUGCAAUUGUACUAACUGCUUCAACAAUCUGGAACAUGAAGCUGAGCGGCUAAAAGCAAUAAAGGCAUGUCUUGACAGAAAUCCAGAAGCAUUUAAACCGAAGAUUGGGAAAGGAAAGGAAGGUGAAUCUGAUAGACGGCACAGCAAAGGAUGUAACUGUAAAAGAUCAGGGUGUCUGAAGAAUUAUUGUGAAUGCUAUGAGGCAAAGAUCAUGUGCUCAUCGAUAUGUAAAUGUAUCGGCUGUAAAAAUUUUGAGGAGAGCCCUGAGCGGAAGACCCUAAUGCAUUUGGCAGAUGCUGCAGAAGUGCGUGUCCAGCAACAGACUGCUGCAAAAACAAAGCUUUCAUCACAGAUCUCCGAUCUACUGACCAGAACAACACCAGCAGUUACAAGUGGAGGAGGAAAGUUGCCAUUCACAUUUGUGACAAAAGAAGUGGCAGAAGCAACUUGUGAAUGUCUUUUGGCACAAGCUGAGGAAGCAGAGAAGAAUAACCAGACAAAAGCUGUCACUGAACGCAUGAUUCUGGAAGAAUUUGGGCGCUGUUUAAUGCAGAUUAUAAACUCAGCAGGAAAAGCUAAGGGAGAUACCUGUGCUCUGAGUUGCUAAUCCAUUUGUGCUCUCCUAUGAGAGCUGAACAGGAAGAAUCACUUGGGAAAACUUGACUGAGAAUUUUUUAAAAUAAAAGACUGAAGAGUUUUGGUCUUGCCAUGAUGUUUUACAGCUGUACAGAUAGUGAAAACUUUCAAUAAGUCAGAUUAUUCCUUCUUAGCAGACUUUCAGUGCAUUGUCUGGCUGAGGUGCCUUUUUAAACUUAAAAUGCUUAAAAUACAAAGUAGAUUUUAUGAUGUAAAAUCAGUGUGUGAAUAUGCAAAACCGUCAUGAAGGAGACACUGUUUUGAUGCUAGUGGUGACAUUUUAUAUAUUUUGCAUCCCUCUAUGCAAAGUUGCUUUCUCUUUGUUGACUUUCUUUUCCCUAGGAUGUCAUGGACACCUUGGGUAUUCUAUCCCCCAAGUAAUGAGUAUCUGUUAGCCCGAGGUACAAACUGUCCUUGGACAGUAGAAGAUCUUGACAGUGGAUGAUCUGAGUACAGUACUUUCAAUUAAAGAUACUCCCAGAAAUUACUUGCAAAGAGCACUAUGAGGAUCAAGUUUUUGACAUAAUGACUUCUAAAAAUGUAACAGAGGCAAAGGAUGGAAAUAAGGUUUUCUGUGGCUGUAAAGCUUUGCAUUACAUAUGUCCUUUCUUGUUGUUAAAGUAAAUGUACCCACCUCCUUAUAAGAUAAAUCAUCAAGGAUUGAGUAAAUUUGUCCACAGCACUUUCAAAAUCUGUUAACCUACUUUGUGGUAGAAAUUAAUAGACUGUAAUGGUGCUUUAUCACACUCAUGAUCAACUGAUGAAUGCGCCUUAUAUCAGGAAUUACAGAAUUCACCUAUGUAGGUAUUAUUGGUUAUCAGCGCUCUUGACCCCCCUGACUACUUUGUAGGCUCUGAACAAGACUGCCAAUUAACAAGACCACAAGGUAGCACAGUAGAAUAAGGAGCAAUGGGUAUUCUGGUCCCCCCCCACAUUAAAUUCCCUAUCUUGCCCAUUUGUGCCAUAGAAAGCUUCCAAACAGAGACACAGGCACUUGCUUGCCAAAGGCAAAAUCAGAGUAAGGAGUUGUCCCUGGAUUAGUAUGAACAGUAUGGGCAGAGGCCUAGAAGCAACGUCUCAAAUACGAAUGGAGAUCAGGAAAGGGGGAGAAAAUACUACAAGGGUCAUCUCUUUUAUCUUUCCAAACAAAAGAUCUUCAAUGGAACAUAAUUUUGUCACACAUGGGUCACCUAACAUUAUGGAAAAACAACACAAGUUUUUAGGGUAAGUUUUUUUUUAACGUGAAAGCAUAUUUGCACGUCCUUUUUCUAAGUGUGCUCUGUUCGAUAAAAAUGCAACCACCACUUCAAAGAUAAGACAAAUGGAGAUAGGAACCUGAAAGUGAGUGCUUCUCUCUCAAUUAACAGUGAUAGUGCAAUAUGCAAAAAUUCAAGACACACCUUUUUUUAAUCUUAAAACAUUUUUUGUAAAAUGUGGGCAAAACUGACAAUUUCCCUUGUUUCAAUCUGACAUUUAAAACUCCAGUAUCUUGAUGCUUCUAAAAAAAAAUGUGCUUUCUAAAGUAUUGCAACAUGAUUUCGCUGUAGAAAGACAUUGAAAGUUUGCCUGUUUGAUCUCAAAAUUGAACAGACGGCUUAGUAAAAUUUGGUACCAGCAAAGUUUAGUGUUCUAAACUUCACACAACCUUUUUGUUAAUUACUGCUAUUUUCAUAUAACUUAAGGAAUAGCCUGUUAACAAAGAAAGACGAGGAUGUUUUUAAAGGGUAUUUUUACAGAAUGUUAGAACAGGGUAUUUGAUGCUAAUUAAAAUCCAUACCUGCCUUAGAUUAAUUAUUCUAAGUGAGUAUUGGUGUAUAAAAUGUAUAUUAAUAGCUAACUGGCUUCUCAAGCUUGUACUUUAUCAGGUUUCAAGUGGGGAUAUGCAUAGUCUUUCUCUGCUGUACCAGGAAUUGAAAUGCUAUACUAAUUUGUAUAUAUUACGUUAAUUUCGUUUCUGCAGCUGUAUUAUGUAUAUUUAAAUAUUGUAUACAAUACCUUUGGUUAUCUAAAUGGAAUUCUGAAUACAUGUGUAGAUUGUGAAAAUAGUGAGACUAUUGCUGUGGGUGUUUUUCGGGUAUUAAUUUGAAGGUGCAGAUUUCAUACCUUUUUUUCCUGUAUUUUCCUCAGAUUUAUCUGUACUUCAUUUUGUGUGUAUUUUUAUUCUUUUCACACUCAUCAGAUACGAUGCAAGAAGCUUUUUGUAACAACCUAAAUAUUAAAUAGAUUAAUUGCCUUCUAUGUCACCUUUGCAAGCAGAAGUAUGCUUUAUUUAUGUUGACUUCAGUUAAAUCCAUUUGUUUAGACUUCUAUUUCAUACAAACUGGGAAGAUUAUGAUAGAUAUAAAACUUUAGGUAAUAUUGUUUAUCAAUUAUUUUUAAAAUUAGUAAUUUAAACACCCUGUGACACCUUAAGCUGGCAGACAGAUCAAUGAACAUCAGUGUUUGAAUGGAUAAUUCAAAUAAGCUCUCCAGAAAAUAGCCAUCACUUUUUGAUAUUUCAAAUGCAAGCUUCAGGUUAAGAUGUUUCAAGUUAAGAUGUAAAGCAGUGUUUGUCCUUAAUACUGCUUGUGGUGAUCCAAGUAAUAUGACUUUCUGAAAUGUAUUUAUGCUAUAACUGUUCACUGCAUUUUAGCUCAUUAAUUUUGGGAGGAUUAGACAUGACAAAAAGCAUGGUUACCAGGACAUAUUAUUGACAUUGCUGUCAUUUUCAUAGCUCAGUGAGCCCUAUGCAGACAGAUCCAAGAUAAAUUAUGUAUUCUAUUUAACCCCUCAUUAUCUGAUGAGUCACCACGCUAAUCACUAAUCAGUUUUGUACUAGCUUAGGAUGGUGGAGGUCCCACCUUAAUUUAUCUAUAAUUUUUAGGUAUUAAUUUUAAGGGAAUAGUAAAGGAUGAGAAUGAGAAAGUUUAGAGGACAAAUACAAGAUAAUUCAUGUUUAAAAAUUCAGCUUUGAAGUGCUUAUGCUAAAUAAGUGUCUUGGCCUGGAACCUUUAAAGGAAGAGAAGUCUUGCAAAGACUCUUCUGCUGUUUUUUGCAGGGGGUGGGAGGGUGUAACACACUGGAGUUACUAGAAUAUGAUAUGGAUUGCUGGGGCAUGUAUUCUUUAUUCUCUGAUCUAAGUUUCAAUUCCCUGGCUAUGUUACAAGGGGGAAGUAAUGAGAGAAGCCUAUCCACUCCCACAGAUCAUCUGCAGACUGUUCUUGCACACAUACUACCAACUGGUCAUGUGGCAUUGGAGUGACCAAUGAGCAAGUGACCCCCAACCUUCACACUUGCUCUCUGAGUAUGAUUUAGGGAAAAAAGGGUUUCAUAUCUUCCCAAAAGUAAAUUUGGAUAAGAUGUUUUAUGGUUUAACCUUACUUUGUGUUUGGAUUUCUUCUUUUUUGGUCAGUACACAUCAUUUUCCAGCCAAUGGAGAAGGCAAACAACUUGAUGUGCAUGUUAUGCAAAGCAAGGUUUUGAUGGGUUUCUUUUAUGGAUGUUAUUCCACUGACUCUGAAUCAUAAAAUAACUGAGUUUGAACCCUUAUUCUGCCUUUGUGGAACAGUUCGUUAAACUUGUUAAAUACUGUCUUGCUGCACUUGCAGAGAAAUAUUUCUGGGCGUCUGAUUUAAAAAAAAAUUCCAACUAUGAUGAUAUAUCAUGGACACCAUGUACUUGAUAUAGAUUUGUGUUUGAACCAUCAGUUUUGAAAUAAGGUACCAAAUACCCCUCGGUGCAUUUUUUCCCUUCUCUCCCUAUCUCCUCCUCAGGAAGGAUGGCAAGCAGCCUGUUAUUGAAUACUUGGCAACAGCUAAUUCAGAAUGUCAUUGGCAAAGGCCUAGGAAGAGGUUGGCCAUGGUUGAUGCACAGACCAGGAGGAUGUGGGAAAAAAUAGGUUUAUGUUCCCUAAAGUAAACACUGCUUCAAAAGUGCUGUAGAUGUUGCUGGUGCCAGGAUUCCCAAUGUAAUUUAGUCCUACUUGACCCUGUGAUCCUCUUGUGGUAUUUGACUUUCAUUGACAUUAAUUCAGGAAUUGAAACCUUUAUUUUCCCCAUCCUAAACCUAUAACAAGGCCCUUUCUCCUUUAGUGAUUAUUGAUCAUUUGGGAAUACCAGAUUCUCUCCAUUAUAAAUCACGUUAACAAAAACUGUUCUAUAGUCUUUUUAGGGGUGAUUUUUUUUAAAGAAGCAUUGACUAUAAUGAGUGCACAUAUUUAUUGUCCUAACAAACCUGAUGAAAUAAUGACGACCUUGCUAGUUGCACUGCCUGAGAGGGGUAACAAAGACUGGUGUGUGAAGUAUUUCUAUAUAACUGAAUGCAAUGAUGAGCCAUUUUAUUGCACAACUUUCUAAUGUCUCAUUAAGGGAUUGAAGAACAAUUGAUCAAACUUAAGGAUGUUUCUUUUUAAAGGUUAUAAAUACACUUCUACAUUGUUUCCAUUUUGCAGUACUGUAAAAGUGAUUAUAUAUGUUAAGUUAGGUCAUACUUUGAUUGUGAGCAAUGAAGGCUUUGCCCUUGCCCUUCAUUGAGGUAUCUCACACCACUUGGACUUGACGCUGUACUGCAGUUGUGCUGUCAAGCUGUUGGACUUCCUGAGAAAUUUAUGAACUGAAGUAAAAAAAUUUUUAAUGUUCUGAGAAAAUAGUUGUUCUCACUUAUGUUGUCAUAACAUUUAAUAUUUACUGACGGAUGAAAACUUUGCAUGUAUAAGUACACUCAGUGUGCUCAUGGCAGAGUACGAGUUUGCAGUGCUCAGUUGCCGUCAAAUUCAAAAGAGUAUCUGCUUCUGACUGAUAAUGAGGGGAAAAUAAUCAUAGACCAUUACAUUUUCAUUUGUGUUGCUUUUCCUAUGCUGCUUUUUGAAUUAACAAAAUAUAUAUUGUGUGCUAUACUGAAACUGACAUAUGUAUUUAAUUGCAGCUGCUGUCUAAAAGAUUUCUGACUUGCUGCACUGCUUGAUGAUCUUGGUAUGAAUGUCAAAUUUGUUCAGCACAUAUUUCUGUGGAGAAUAAAUCAGCUUUAACUACC